CACAUGACCUAUUUUGCGUUCUUUUCUUUCGCGCUUUAGAGUUUACGGAUCGGGACAAACUACCAACCAUCACCCACGACCCCACGCCAGAAACGGGGACAUUCUUAUAUUUCGGAUCGUUCCUAUUCAUCUUGAGCUCAUUUGGCUGCGCGAUCUCCCCCCACCCACCCCAGAUUAGCAAAAUGGAUAUCGAUGAUCACAUCUCUAAUCGCGCGGCGACGUCUCACCGACGCGACGGCGGAUCACCUCCCGAUGAGCUGAAUCAGAUCCUUCGCGCUGGCUCAACAACGGGGCCAGAGAUAGAUGUUUUCGGCAGGGCGGAAGAGGAAGAGGAAGGUGUAUUGGAUAGACUAACGCGAUUGUGGAUGGACGAACGGAGUGCGCCUGAUAUCCUCCUGUGGCCGGGUUUGAUGGUGGAAGAAGUACUCGAUAAGUUGCAGGCUCAGAGUGAGAUGGUGGAACAUUUACAAUCCGAUCCAAGAACGUCUGAAGAAGAGCACUUUCGAAUCGUGUUGAUUCAGACCGAGGCGGAACGUGUACGGUACUUGUUGCGAUCGUACUUGCGCACACGACUGUACAAGGUCGAGAAGUAUGCAGCUCAUAUUAUUGCGACCCCGGAUUUACGCGGCCGAUUAUCUGUAAUUGAACUUUCUCACGCUGAGCGGUACCAAGAAAUGUUGAAGAAACAUUUUGAAGUUUGUGCGCUCAACGGGAUACCCGAAAAUUUGCGCUCGUUGACGGAUAACGAACCGGGGGUACCGGAAAUGGUCACCCGGCCCAACCUUGACCAACCUGUGUUCGUACGAGCAAAGAAACGGUGUCAACCUGUUACAUUGACAAACGGAAGCACACUAGAAAUGGAGCGUGGUGACAUUCAUUUGGUCCGAUAUCGCGCAAUCGAGCAUCUAGUGCGUUUGGGCGAUGCACACUUGAUUUAGUUCACCAAGUUACAAGGGUGCGGACGUUGAUAUGACGCUAUUUGCGAAUCAUCAUGGGGGCAUUACGGGGAAGGGAAAUCAAACCAGAAGCGAAAGCUACAUUGUUCAGUUGACGAAUUGUAUUCGCCAUCUGACCUUGUCAUAUGUGCACGGAUCCCUGUGAUUGUAAUGUUCUAGAAUACGGUUAAAUGAAAGCGGUUGAGUAAUGUC